UCUGGAGAGCCCAGCCCAGCUCCGGAGCCCGCCCCGGGCCCACCACCGCCACCGCACGGCUGCCCGGCCUGGGCCUCCGCGUCGCCAUGGCUGGGGGCCGUGGGGGCCCCGGGCGCGGCCCGGACGAACCGCCGGAGAGCUACCCGCAGCGGCAGGAGCACGAGCUGCAGGCUCUGGAGGCCAUCUACGGCGCCGACUUCCAGGACCUGCGGCCGGACGCGUGCAGAUCGGUCAAUGAGCCUCCUGAAAUCAAUUUAGUUCUGUACCCUCAGGGCCUAACUGGUGAAGAAGUAUACGUGAAAGUGGAUUUGAGGGUCAAAUGCCCACCAACCUAUCCAGAUGUAGUCCCCGAAAUAGAGUUAAAGAAUGCCAAAGGUCUGUCAAAUGAGAGUGUUCAUUUAUUAAAAUCCCACCUAGAGAAAGUGGCCAAAAAACAUUGUGGAGAGGUGAUGAUAUUUGAACUGGCCGACCACGUGCAGUCCUUUCUCAGCGAACAUAACAAGCCCCCUCCCAAGUCUUUCCAUGAAGAAAUGCUGGAAAGACGGGCUCAGGAGGAGCAGCGAAGGCUGUUGGAGGCCAAGCAGAAAGUGGAGCAGGAGCAACGUGAAAUCCUUCAUGAGAUUCAGAGGAGGGAAGAAGAGAGAAAAGAGAGAAAAAGGAAAGAAAUGGCUAAGCAGGAGCGUUUAGAAAUUGCUAACUUAUCAAACCAAGAUCAAAAUUGUAGGAAAGACCUAGGAGGACAUGGAACAGCUGCCAGUCUACAUGGAGGCCUUCCCGACUUCGUAGGAAAUGGCAAACAUCGGACCAACUCCUCUGGAAGGUCUAAGCGAGAACGUCAGUAUUCUAUAUGUAGUAGUGAAGAUUCUCCUGGCUCUUGCGAAGUCCUGUAUUUCUCUAUGGGUAGUCCUGAUCAGCUCAUGGUUUACAAAGGGAAAUGCACUGGCAGUGAUGAGCAGCUUGGAAAAUUAGUUUACAAUGCUUUGGAAACGGCCACUGGCAACUUUGUCUUGUUGUAUGAAUGGGUCCUUCAGUGGCAGAAAAAAAUGGGUCCGUUCCUUACCAGUCAAGAGAAGGAGAAGAUUGAUAAGUGCAAAAAGCAGAUUCAAGGGGCAGAAACGGAAUUCAACUCGCUGGUAAAAUUGAGCCAUCCAAAUGUAGUACACUACUUUGCGAUGAAUCUCAAAGAGCAAGAUGACUCCAUCGUGGUGGACAUUUUAUUGGAGCAUAUUAAUGGGGUCUCUCUCGCCGCACACCUGAGCCACUCAGGCCCCAUCCCCGUUCAUCAGCUCCGCAAGUACGCAGCUCAGCUCUUGUCGGGCCUCAGUUAUUUGCACAGCAACGACGUGGUACACAAGGUUCUGAGCGCAUCCAGUGUCUUGGUGGAUGCAGAGGGCAAUGUCAAGAUUACAGACUACAGCAUUUCUAAGCGCCUAGCAGACAUUUGCAAGGAGGACGUAUUUGAGCAAAGCCGAGUUAGUUUCAGUGACAGCGCCCUGCCUUAUAAAACUGGAAAGAAAGGAGACGUUUGGUGUCUUGGCCUUCUGCUGAUCUCCCUCAGCCAAGGACAAGAAUGUAGAGAGUACCCUGUGACCAUCCCUAGCGACUUACCAGCUGACUUCCAAGAUUUUCUAAAGAAGUGUGUUUGCUUGGAUGAUAAGGAAAGAUGGAGUCCCCAGCAGUUGUUGAAACACAGCUUUAUCAAUCCUCAGCCAAAAAUGUCUUUACUGGAACAAAGUCCUGAAGACUCGGGAGGACAAGAUUAUGUUGAGACCGUUAUUCCUAGGAAGCAGCUACCCAGCGCGGCAUUCUUCAGUGAGACACAGAGACAGUUUUCCCGGUACUUCAUCGAGUUUGAAGAAUUACAGCUUCUCGGCAAAGGAGCUUUUGGGGCUGUCAUCAAGGUGCAGAACAAGCUGGACGGCUGCUGCUACGCGGUGAAGCGCAUCCCCAUCAACCCGGCCAGCAGGCAUUUCCGCAGGAUCAAGGGCGAGGUGACCCUGCUGUCACGCCUGCACCAUGAGAACAUCGUGCGCUACUACAACGCCUGGAUCGAGAGAUACGAGCGGCCGGUGGGCCUGGGGAUCCUGCCCUCGGACUCGGAGUCCAGCCCAGGGACGCCCCAGGUUCGGGACGGGCGAGGUUUGUCCCGGCCAACCGCACAGGACAGCGGCCGGGAUGGCCCUGGCAGCGUGGAGGCCACCGCACCACCGCCCAUCCUCAGCUCAGUGGAGUGGAGCACCUCGGGGGAGCGCUCGGCCAGCGCCCGCUUCCCCACCGCUGGCCGGGGCUCCAGCAGCGACGAGGAAGAGGACGACGAGGAGGAGAACGACGGUGUCUUCUCACAGCCCUUCCUACCUGCUUCAGAUUCUGACAGUGAUAUCAUCUUUGAAGAUGAGAACAGUAAGAGUCAGAAUCAGGAUGAAGACUGCAAUGGGAAGGACAGUUACCAUGAAAGUGAGCCAUCGGCGACCACUGAGGCUGUGCACUACCUAUAUAUCCAGAUGGAGUACUGUGAGAAGAGCACUUUGCGAGACACCAUUGACCAGGGACUGUAUCAGGAUACCAUCAGACUCUGGAGGCUUUUUCGAGAGAUUCUGGAUGGAUUGGCUUAUAUCCAUGAGAAAGGAAUGAUUCACCGGGAUUUGAAGCCUGUCAACAUUUUUUUGGAUUCCGAUGACCAUGUAAAAAUAGGUGAUUUUGGUUUGGCGACAGACCAUCUAGCCUUCACGGCUGAUGGCAAGCAAGAUGAUACAGCAGAUCACUUGAUUAAGCCAGACCCUUCAGGUCAUUUGACGGGGAUGGUUGGCACUGCUUUGUACGUAAGCCCAGAGGUCCAAGGAAGCACCAGACCCACGUAUAACCAGAAAGUGGAUCUCUUCAGCCUGGGAAUUAUCUUCUUUGAGAUGUCCUACCACCCCAUGGUCACGGCCUCAGAAAGGAUCUUUGUUCUCAACCAACUCAGAGAUCCCACGUCGCCUAAGUUUCCAGAAGACUUCGAUGAUGGAGAGCAUACAAAGCAGAAAUCUGUCAUCUCCUGGCUGUUGAACCAUGAUCCUGCCAAGCGGCCCACGGCCACAGAACUGCUCAAGAGUGAGCUGCUGCCCCCACCCCAGAUGGAGGAGUCGGAGCUGCACGAAGUUCUGCACCACACCCUGGCCAACGUGGAUGGCAAGGCCUACCGCACCAUGAUGGCCCAGAUCUUCUCCCAGCGCAUCUCCCCCGCCAUCGAUUACACCUACGACAGCAACAUGCUGAAGGGCACCUUCUCAAUCCGUACAGCCAAGAUACAGCAACAUGUGUGUGACACCAUCAUCCGCAUCUUUAAAAGACAUGGAGCUGUCCAGCUGUGUACCCCACUCCUGCUUCCCCAAAAUAGGCAAAUAUAUGAGCACAACGAAGCCGCCUUAUUCAUGGACCACAGCGGGAUGCUGGUGAUGCUUCCUUUCGACCUGCGGGUUCCUUUUGCAAGAUAUGUUGCGAGAAACAAUAUAUUGAAUUUGAAACGAUACUGCAUAGAACGUGUGUUCAGACCUCGCAAGUUAGACCGAUUUCAUCCCAAAGAGCUUCUGGAGUGUGCAUUUGAUAUUGUCACAUCUACCACCAACAGCUCUCUGCCCACUGCCGAAAUCAUCUAUACGAUCUGUGAAAUCAUCCAGGAGUUCCCAGCGCUUCAGGAAAGAAAUUACAGUAUUUACCUGAACCAUACCAUGUUAUUGAAAGCAAUCCUCUUACACUGUGGGAUCCCAGAAGAUAAACUCAGUCAAGUCUAUGUUAUUCUGUAUGAUGCCGUGACAGAAAAGCUGACGAGGACAGAAGUGGAAGCCAAGUUUUGUAAUCUGUCUUUGUCGUCUAAUAGUCUGUAUCGACUCUACAAAUUUAUUGAGCAGAAGGGAGAUUUGCAAGAUCUCACGCCAGCAAUAAAUUCGUUAAUAAAACAGAAAACAGGUGUUGCCCAGUUGGUGAAGUACGGCUUAAAAGAUCUAGAGGAGAUUGUUGGACUUCUGAAGAAAUUUGGCAUAAAGUUACAGGUCUUGAUCAACUUGGGCUUGGUUUACAAGGUGCAGCAGCACAACGGAGUUAUCUUCCAGUUUGUGGCGGUCAUCAGACGGAGGCAAAGGGCUAUAUCUGAAAUCCUUGCGGCUGGUGGCCGAUACGACCUGCUGAUUCCCCAGUUUAGAGGACCACAGGCUCUGGGGCCAAUCCCCACUGCUGUUGGGGUCAGCAUAGCUAUAGACAAGAUAUCUGCUGCUAUCCUCAACAUGGAAGAACCUGUUACAAUCAGCUCUUGUGACCUCCUGGUCGUAAGUGUUGGCCAGAUGUCCAUGUCCAGGGCCAUCAACCUCACCCAGAAACUCUGGACGGUGGGAAUCACGGCACAAAUCAUGUAUGACUGGUCGCAGUCCCAAGAAGAACUCCAGGAAUACUGCAGACAUCACGAAAUCACCUACGUGGCCCUUGUCUCAGAUAAAGGACGAAGCUAUGUCAAGGUUUGUUUGAAAUCCAUGGAGCUGCUGUUGUUCCCAUUGUGAGUGUGAUCGCCCCAGAGAAGCUGUCAGCCAGCACUAGGAGGCGGUAUGAAACUCAGGUACACAGUUCCCUCAGCUUUCUCGUGUAAGCUACAAAGGAGGAAGAAAAUAGGAAAGGAAGUUAAGAAACAGAGUUUCCUGGAAAUAUUUUCCUCCUCACUUCCGUAACUUGGUGGCUUCUGAAAAUUCAUCAACUCAGCUAUCUCUGGUGUUAGGAUUCUGCCCCAUUUGCCCUCCAAAGAGGCAUCCGUGUAUGUUGUGGGCACCUAGAAGCACCUACUGUCAGAGUUAUUAGAUCUAAACAAAGACUUCCUGGUGUAUGUCUAAUGGCAGAAAGGGUUGGGUUUUGUUCUGAAUAACAAAGCACAUUGAGAUCUGUUCCAAGACUUGGGGCAGGUUUCUGUCUGCAUACAUGUUUUUGCUAUCUGCUGUAUGCCGGAUUUGGUGGGAAAUACCAUGUAAAAUUUAAAAGACAUAUGGCAUGGCCCAAUCCUCAGAGUUUAUAAAACCUUUGAAGCAUAUGCAGGAUACAGUUGGGGAACAACAGAGGAGAAGUAACAGAAUGCUGCAUUAGGCACACUGAAUAGGAGUGUUAGGAGUGUGCUACAUACAGACACAGGGGCAGGGUGGAGAGCAGUGUCUGCACGGAUGACAGACGAAGGCCUCCUGGAGGGAAUCCCUGAUGGAUUUAAAUAGGUAGGGGAAAGAAAUAAGGGCAGUCCUCACACUCAUGAGCCCGGUCAGGACACCAGAAUGUUUCCAUUUCAUCUAAAUCUUCCUAUAUUUUCUGUCGCUGUCUGUGGGAUAUGCAGUAAUAAUCCCCUUUCAUUCUUGAUAUUGGUAAUUUAUGUCUUACCCCCCAACCCGCCCACACUUUUUCUUUUUUUAACCACUGGUGAGGUAAAAAAAACCCUAGCCUGACUAGAGGUUUAUCAAUCUUAUUUGUAUUGUCAGAAAACCAGUGUUUUUAUGUUAUUGAUUUUUCCCUAUUUUAUGUUCAUUUGUUUUCUAUUCUAUUGAUUUCCACUCUUCAUUCUGCAAAUUUUGGAUUUAGUGUAUUCCAUUUCUAAUUUCUUCAGAUAGAACUUUAGGUUAGGGGUAAACUACAGCCCAUAGGCCACAUCUGGCACACAGCCUAUUUUGUAUGGCCUGCGAGCUACAAAUUUUUUUUACACUCUUUGUUUAAAAGAAAAAAAAAAGAAAAAGAAAUAGUAUGUGGCAGAGACAUUGUUUGGCCUGCAAAGCCUAAAAUCCUAUCUGAGUCUUUGCAUUUAAAAAAAACAAAAAAGGCACCUGACUUGGACCACUGAUUUUAGAUUUUACUUUUCUAAGUAGAACUGUUUAAUGCUAUAAAUUUCACUCUAAGUACUGCAUUAGUUGCAUCCCACACAUUUUUAUAUGUAGUGCUUUU